AUGGCGCAGCUAACUCCACGACAAAAAGCCGCAGCCGGCGCGCUCUUCACAUUCGCGCUCGCAGAUUCCCUCAGCCAACGAUCGCACGCUUUCGCACAGCCGUUCGCAGACCUUCCUCCGGCCGUCGCAGACGCAAGAAGCGGCGGUGGGAACGGGCAGCGCGCGAGCGUGUGGACGGAGGAUCCGAGCGCGAUACGGUUCCUGGGCGUGCUACUGCAGGAAAGCGCAUCACUCCCCCCCGCGGAGAGGGAGAGGGUGGCGGCAGUGGCGGAGUGCGUUCGCGCACAGGCCUUGAAACUGCAGCAGCAGGCGCGGGGGAGGCGGGAGAGGGAGCGGAGGGAGGUGCGGAGGGCGUGGCAGGGGGAGAGGCAGCGCAUGCAUGAGGCUGCUGCUGCAGCGGCAGGGAGUGGGGGGUAUGGGCGGGGUGGAGGGAGUGGUGGCGGGGGAACAGCGGGGGGAGCAGGCGCAGGGGGUGGUGGUGCAGGUGGUGUUGGUGCUGGUGGGGUGGAGAGCGAUUUUCAGCGGUUCGGGUUAGAAAAAGCAGGAGCAGGGGCAGGGGCUGGGGCAGGUGCAGGGGCAGGGGCAGGGGCAGGGGCAGGUGGGUUUUUCAAUGGGGACGAAGAGGAGGAGGACGAGGGGGAGGGGGAAGGAUUUGGGGGAGCAGGGAGUGGGUUCGGAGGGGGGUUUGAUGGAGGGGGGUUUGCAGGAGGAGGGGGGUUUGGUGAUGGGGGUUUCUUUGGGGUUGAUGAGGGAGAGGAGGAGGGGGAGGAGGAAGAGGGUGGGUGGGGGCAGAAUGCGGGGUCUGGUGGUGGUGGUGACGGUGAUGGUGGUGGCAAUGAGAAGGCGAGGCUUGUUGUUGAGCAAGGGGAGCAAGGGGAAGGAAGCAGUGGUGAUGUUCAACCAACCCCACCUCCAGCAAGAGUAACCCGUGAGCCGGUGCCGUUUGCUGCGGCAGUGGCGGGUAUUCCCGAGGACGAGCGCAUUGCCGUGCUGUGGGAGCUGCUGGCUGCAUUCAUGUCGGAUGAACGCACUUCUGGUGGCGGUGGUGGUGCGGGUGCUGGUGCUGGUGCUGCUGGUUCUGGAACAGGGGAUGCUGCAGGGCAGAGUGUGCAGGCAGGGGGGUAUGAUUCCCGCGAGCGCACAGCACUCCGGCUCCUGGCCCUGUGGUUGCAGCUCGAUUGGUCCCUCGUGGCUGCAAUGGUGCGCAUGCUAGCAACAGCAGCAUUCAACGCACAGGCUGCAAUGGAGCGCAUGCUAGCCACAGCAGCAUACAACGCCCAAGUGCAAAUCGACCAGGCAUCAGCAGCCUCACCCCACCCUCUCUGCUCGCCUCUAUCCUCCUCUAUUACCCCCUUAUUCCCCCCUCACCAACCCCACCAGGCUGCAAUGGAGCGCAUGCUAGCCACAGCAGCGUACAACGCCCAGGUGCAGAUCGACCAGGCAUCAGCAGCCUCACCCCACCCUCUCUGCUCGCCUCUAUCCUCCUCUAUUACCCCCUUAUUCCCCCCUCACCAACCCCACCAGGCUGCAAUGGAGCGCAUACUAGCCACAGCAGCGUACAACGCCCAGGUGCAGAUCGACCAGGCAGCAGCAGCCGCCGCAGCAGAGAAAGCCAAGGCAGCACAGGCAGGCAACCGCAAGUGGGGCGGGUGGGGGCGGGCUAUGAGCAUAGGCGCAGCAGCAGUGGGGACAGGCGCGCUGCUGGCGGUGACGGGGGGGUUGGCGGCGCCUGUGCUGCUGGCGGGGAUGUCUGCUGCUGGGUCGGUGAUUCCGGUGGCCGGGGGGAUUCUCACUGGCGCUGCUGCGCUGGCUGGGACGACUGUGGGCUCUGCUGCUGUCAUUGGCGCCUUUGGUGCCGCGGGUGCCCGCAUGGGCAGCUACAAGAUGGCGCGGCGCCUGGGAGACGUGGAGGAGUUCAAGUUCGUGCCACUCGCCAAUGCUGAUGCUGUCCGCGCCAUGGGCGUUGCUGUAGGGCGACAAGGAGGGGGAGGGGGAAUGGGAGGAGGGGGAGCGGGUGGAGGAGGGGGAGGGGGACGAGGGGGAACGGUGGACAUGUGGGGGAGACGUUCUGGUGAUGCUGGUGGUGGGAGAGGAGGAGGUGGUGGUGGUGAUGGGGAUGAGGAUGGCGUUGGGGUUCGCUGUGCGGCGGUGCAGCUGUCAGUGGCAACCGGGGGAGCGAUGGUAGCAGUGCAGGUGCUGGGGGCUGCUGCUGCUGCUUUAGGCCUUCUGAAACAUGCACCAUUCUCUCCCCCCCCUACACCCAUCUUCACCGCUCCCUUUCACCCCAUCACCGCGGUGCAGCGGUCAGUGGUGACGGGGGGAACCAUGGUGGCAGUGCAGGUGCUGGGGGCGUCUGUCAUGUGGCCCAUCACACUGCUCACUGCUGCUGCUACGAUUGACGACAAGUGGAGCGUUGCUGUCAACCGCACGGACAAGGCAGGAGCAGUGUUGGCAGAUGUGCUGUUGGAGCGAACACAGGGAUCCAGGCCAGUGACGCUGAUAGGCUUCUCCCUGGGUGCACGUCUCAUCUUCUCCUGUCUCACCCACCUUGCUGCUAAAGGCCAUGCUGCAAUGGGGGUGGUGGAGCGGGCAGUACUACUGGGAGCGCCAGUGGCAGCACGAGACAGCUCCGCAUGGGAGGCAGCAAGACGGGUCGUCUCUGGUCGCUUGGUAAACGGCUACUGUGAGAACGACUGGGCGUUGGGCCUCAUGUAUCGCACCAGUUUUCUGCUUUCCGGAGUUGCUGGCAUUCAAGCAGUCAAGGUCAAGGGAGUUGAAAACGUGAAUCUCACGCCUCUGGUGGACGGGCACACGAGCUACCUGUCGGGAGUGGAGCGGCAACCAUCCACUUUGUCUUCUGAAUUACUUUUUACACUUCCCCCCUCCCUCCCCCGUUGCACGCCCAUGCAGGUGAAUCUCACGCCUCUGGUGGACGGGCACACGAGCUACCUGUCAGGAGUACCGGCCAUUCUGGAUGCUCUGAGCAUCGACUCCCCGCUCGCUGCCACACCCACCGACGUGUUGCGAGCUGCCAAGGAGUGGAAGGAGGAGGAGGAGAGCCUCAUCUGA